AUGGACAUUGCCGUGCACAAAGGGAAGGUGGAUUUUGUCAAGGCCCUCCCGAGCAUGCUCAGCCACAAGAAGACGGAUUCAGAAGGCAAGACCCUUGGCAAGGUGAGGCUGCCUGAGGGUGAGCAAACGGAGUGCCGCCACCUCCAAAUCGCAGCAGAGAAGAGCGAUCAUGAGAGCUUGAAGGCACUACUGGACAACCCAAAGUACCGCAAGAUGAAGGACAUGGAAUUAGACGACCACGGUCGCACGGCCCUCCACUACGCAGCAGAGAAAGGCAACCUGCCGUGCCUGGAGGUCUUGCUGGAGAAAGGGGCAGACAAGGAUACGCAAGACAAGCAUGGCAGGACCGCGCUCCACUUGACGGCCGAGAACGGGCAGCGAGCGUGCUUGGACUUGUUGCUGAAGAAGGGCGCAAAGAAGGACGUUAAAGACGAGAUCGGCCGGACUCCUCUCGCAGAAGCGGUGCUGGCCGGGCAGAAGCUCUGCCAGCAGAGCCUUGAGAAAAGCGGCGCGCAGAAGGACAUGGCUUUGGCUGCCUUAAAUCAAAAGGAUGAGGACGGCCAUACGAGCCUGCAUGAGGCGGUGCUUGCGGCGGAUGCGGGCAAAGUGGAGAGACUCAUCGCGUUUGGUGUGAACAAGGAAGACGAAGAAAGAGGCUAUGUCCAUCUCGCAGCUACGAACAACUGCGUGGGGUGUUUGGAGGUGCUCCUCAAGGCUGGAUUGAACAAGGAUGCACAAGACGAAGAAGGCAGGACCGCGCUCCACCUUACGGCCGAGAAGGGCCACCUCGAGUCCCUGAGCUUGCUGCUGAAGAAGGGCGCGAGCAAGGAUGUGAAAGACAACAGCGGCCGGACACCUCUUGCUGAUGCCGUGCUGGCCGGAACGGAAGACUGCCAGAAAGCCCUCUUGGACUCGGGCGCCAAGCGGGCCUUGGCAAAGAACGCCUUGGAGCAGCUGGACGAUGAAGGCAGUACGAGUCUACAUCAGGCCAUGAACGACGCGGACUCGCACAAAAUGCGGAGACUCAUCGACUUUGGUGUGAGCCAGGCAGGGACGGCUGCAGGUAUCCAGACUUCGGCCGUCGUCUCAAUGAGCAACGAGGUUUAG